CACAAUGAUCGAUGGAUGGAUUUUAUCACUUGCCGUUGAUUUUGCUGGUACAUUCAUUUUGUUUUUAUAAGAACACAUUGCUUAAAAAUUAAGAACAAAAUAAUAACAAAUUCAGGCUGAGGGGGAACUGUUUACUGGCACAACAGAGAAGCGUUAGAGAUACGAGCAUCUGAUCUUGACUUUGGGAAUGUUCGCCAUCUUGUCAAUAUGGGUGAACGCGGCCACGCCAAGACUCGUGGUUUAGCCGUGUAUGAAUCUAGUAUAUACUGGGUAACCGUAAUGGCCAGUAUUUUUCGGGCUGACAAGGUUACUGGAGACAAUAUAGAAGCAGUGAGUGACAGAGUGUUCGAAAAUCCAUUUGGACUUUUCAUAUAUAACGAUCCAGAAACAGAAACAAGCGCCGAGUGUAUUACACCCACAGCAUUUCUCGAUCCAACAACUGACGUAACAACGACAAUAGCGACAACGACAGAUACACCUACAUACAGUACAAAUAAGAGAGGCAGUUGCGUAUCGACCAACAACGCUCAAGUUACCCGAGGCUACUUCAGGAAGCUUUUCAACUCCAGUGGUCAGGAAAUUUGCCUAUUGGAUCAGAGAAUUAAUUCCAUCGAUAGCUUAGAAUUUAGAAGUACCAGUACCUGUGCCAUUAAAUGCUUGCACAGUUCAAUUUGCGAAGGCUUUGUCGUAAACGAUCAUGCAGACAACAAGUUCUGUUCUCUGUUAGAUCAAAACACACUUGAAACGAACGUCAUCAUAAAAGGUUGCAUCACGUAUAGAAAAGUUUUGAUAGUCUAAUGAAAGGAAAUGUUUUGAAAAUCUUUUUUAUUUCCCCUUUUUUCCCUGAAGUUAAUGUUAGUCCGUAAAACUGUACACAUUUAAACAGCAGGUAGGUAUUAAUUUGGAGUUAUUAGGCAGUUUUCGCCGCACGACGGUAACGUUAACGGAUGACGUCAUAAUUUUGUCAUCUUGCGUUGUUGCGGAGUACGUUAAUUUCAGGAUUUUACGUGCUUGACGUUCGUUAGUUACCUGUUUGCGUAUGCGUAUUUCGAUUUGUUUACAAAGGGGCGGAGCAGGGCAGAGCUAUCGCGCUGCAUGCUGGGUACUAAGGUUAAAGUUAAGGUUAACGUCGUGCAGCGAAAACUACCUAAUAUAAAUGUUGACCACUUUGCUAGGGAGUCAAAGAGACGAAAAUCCUAAUGUUGGAGAAUUUUAGUUUAUAAGCUUAUAAUAUAAUAUUAUUACCAAGAUAACCAUAUUAUUGUUGUGGUAAUUAAAUUGAUUUAUUCAUUUAUAUUUUAAUUUAUUACAAAUGCAACACAUAUACCGUGUUAAGAGGAAACCAUGGACUAAUGGCCCAACACAAAUGUGGAAUCCUGUAUACCUCUGGUAUUCAAACUUUUUGUUUAACCCGAUCACGCUACCUCGGCGACCCAGUCUACACACCGAACAUCACAAAUUUUCCUCUUGGUUUUUUUUUUGUCUUAAAAAGUUAAAUUUAUAAGAAUUAGAUGAGUUACUGUACCGUAAAACAAUUCGCGGAAGAGGAGUGUCCAAAAUAUUUGUACUAAUAUGAGAAUAAUUAGAAGGCUGGUGUUCUCCAUCGGCAAUUGAUUUUAUAGGCCCUAUGGUUUAUUUAUUUAUAUGCACUCAAGAUUCUUUACACUCGCAUAUUCAUCUGAAAAAGUUACCAACAACGAUGGAGUGACGGUGCUCUAAAUGGCUGUGGGAAAACCAUCACCAACCUGCUGAUAGCUCUCUGUUUGAAUAGUGAUCGUAUUAGAACGAUAACUUGCAGCAACCGGCUUGGUCAACCUGUAAAAAUUCAUAACCUUCUGUUGAUCUUAGAUCAAACUUGUGAGCGUUCUGAGCACAUUAUAAAACAUUUUCAUCAUAUUGAAACAACUAUAAUAUUGAAAACAAAGAACUUAAAACAAAUUCGGUGUAUAAAUUCAAAUUAUUCACUAUAGAUUUUAGUGGUCCAUUGUUAUAACAUUUUACGACCAAUAUUUGAAAGUGCGUACACACAUGUAAAACAAAAAAUGUUCAGUUAUUAUCUGUAUAAUAUAUUUGAAUAUCGUCUUAGACUGAUUGACAUGCAGUCACAUGCUUAGUGAUCUUCUAAACACUUAGAAACUUUUGAAUCACACUUGGUCUGAUUGUUGGAGGUGUUUUUUUUUACUUAAUUGACGCAUAUAUUAUUUCCACAAAGAUGCUAAAAAGUUUUGCUCUUGAAAAAAACAUUAAGAGUUUAAAAUCGGAGGACGAAUACGACCAUUUUAGAGUUUACGAGGAUGUGAACAGACACAUUGACAUAUCUGGUAAUUACCUCAGCAGUUGUCAUUCAGGUAUAAAUUAGUUGUUUUUAGGUUGAUAUAGUUAAUCGUUUAGUUUAAUUUGGCUUCACGACAAAUAACUAAAUAGGCCUAUGACAAAAAAAAUCUUUUUUUUGGUAAAAGCUAGUAAGAAACGGAGUACAGUACUUACUCAGGACUUUAAUGACAUUUUUUGAAGACAAAUAACAACAAACUAAAUUGGCUAGUCCCGGUCGGUCGAAUAUGAUGCUGUUAAAAAAUGUAUGUAUACGUAACAGUGCUAUUGUUCGAUCUUAUCUGAACGGAUCGAGUCUGAAGAAGAUUGUGCUUUCAAAAGGUAUGGCCAAUAAAUAGCUAGGCUCUUCUUCCAUUAACGGACAAACUUCAUUACUCAAAGCUCCUGUCCAUCUAGCCCAACAUGACUUAUGCAACCAGUGCGCGAGAGUUUUGAUGUGUGGCUUUUCUUUUUAUUAAAUUACCAAAUAUAUCCACACAAUCCACACUAUCCCACUUUACAUAACAAAGUAGGCCUAUGUGAUUGCUCAUGUUUGGGCAUCAUGAUGUCAUAUCAUGGUCAUAAUGUGGGAAAUACAAGUAUUUAUCACAGACUGUGGAUAGAGCUACAAGGUUGCAUCACUUUAGCCUACAUUAACUAUUUCAAAUAUGGGGUUAACGCCUGAAUAAAAUAUACCAAUAUCUCACGGUAUUAAGAUAUAUAAUAAGAGAACGUUGCAACGAAUUAGCAAUACCUGUCCACAACAUAUUGUUACAUGUCGGCAAUCAAAUACUGUAGACCUAAUAAUCAAGCGUCUCAAUAAACGAACCACACUGAA